GGAUCAUGAAAUGUUGGGAUGAGGAAGAUUUUUGGAGGAGUUCCGAUUGUAUCAUAGAUUUGUGGAUUUCGCCAUUUGUUUGCAUCGUUGGUAUAAUUCUCAACACCUGCUGCCUACUAGUAUUCACCUCUCAUCGUUCGCAUCCGCUUGUCCCAGCGCUGAUCGUUCUCUCGAUUUGUGAUCUGCUUCAACUGGCUCUAAGCGCCUUCGUACUUUCUCUUCCAGCGCUACACGAAUACACGGGAUCCGGAGAGUACAGUGUACUAGCACAACUCGCCUAUAUUUUUACGGGUUUGCUGUCUCCAUUGCUGCUGGCAUUCAAUUGUGCAAGUAUAUGGACGAUAUGUUACAUCUCUGUACAGCGACAUAGGGCUAUUCUUCGUCCACUGUCUUCCAUGCAUUCCCCGUCGAAACCACUGUGUCCUCUGGUCGGCAUAGCUGUGGCAGCGCUUGUGUUCAACAGCACGGUGUGGUUGGAAUUCCGAUGGUGGAUAGAAGUAAAAAACGGCACCCGAUUUUUGAAACAUGAGGAAUCGGACCUGCAUCGCAAUAUCACCUAUAGGAGAUUGCGGGACAACUUUCUCUAUCCCGUACUAGUCUACCUGGUUCCACUGUUGCUAUUAUGUGUGCUGAAUUUUCGAAUACUUUCCCAUAUAUCUGCGCAACGGGUAGCAUUUGAUCACAAAAGUCGAUUAGCCCAAGAACGGCGAUCAGUCACUCUACUUAUAUCAAUUGUCAUACUCUUCUUCAUCUGUCAUACAGGAGGCCUAAUUUAUCGAUUUACCGAUCAUGACAACUCGUCUAAAUAUGUGCUAGCAAAAGAUUGUGUGAAUCUGCUUUUCAACAUUAACUCGAUGGCGAACCCCAUGCUAUACUUCCUCUUCACUCGUCAGUUUCGAGACCUUCGUGUGAGUAUGCGGCAUUUUACACCAUCACGGUCUGGAUCCCUGCCUCUGAAUGUAAAUCGUGGUUCUAAAAAACAAGUCGCUCAGAACGGUCACGCGGUAACUCAGCAUCAACGAUCUGUCGGUCAGCCAGUGAAAGACCACUACGAAGAGAGUCAAUCAGAGAAAGCCGAAUCCCUACCCCUGUGGCCUUCACACAAAUAUGAUAAAUCAAUAUAUCGAUUGUCACCAUAGUUUUAUCUACUUUUGUUGCGCUGAUUUUAUGGUGUUGUGGAUACUCAUAUAGCAAAAUACAUCGAUCUCUUUA